UUUAACGUUAAUACACCUAUCAUGGCAUCAUCUUUUUCUCUUUCAGCUUCUCCUUCAUCUUCUUCCUCUAAUCCUAUUCUGAGCCCUAUAGUAUCUCAAGAAGAUUUCAAAACCUUUCACAAUAUAGACCGUAUUAUUUACACCAGGCUUGUUUAUUAUCUUGAUUUCGACCCUAUAAAGUCCAUGCAAAUCAUGGCUUUAUUUAUGUGGCUAGAAAGGGCUAGCCAUGCUAGAUAUUUUGUGUACCAAAUUUUGUAUCUUCCAGAUACCGUAAUCAAUUCCUUGGCUAAUGAAGCUAUUCUUUGCUUAAAUUGCCUUGGAAACGAUCAGUUUAUGCUUUCUUCAAAUAAAUCUAUAUGUGAUAACAUUCCUCUAUUCCAUUCCUUUACUAAAACUAAACUUACUCUUACUUUUUUCCAUGAAAAUAGACUUGUCAUCCUUCCUGCUGUUUCGAAAAUUGUUAACCAAGUUUGCGAAAGGGCUUUCCAGGAUAUUUUUGUACAAGCAGAGAAGUUGAAGUCAGUAGUUGUUAGUACUUUUAGUGACGGAAAAAAGAAAGUUUUUGAUUCUUAUGGUGGAAAUUUGAUUUACGGCCCUUAUAAUCAUCAAUUGGGUAAUUUAGGUUUUAGUAACAAUUAUCGUUCGCAGGGGAAUUAUGAUAAUAUUGAGAUUCAGAAUCAAAAACAGAUUUUGAACGAUGAAAUUGCAGAUUUACUGAGCCAUAUACAUAUUUCUAGUACUAAUGAUGAAGAGAAGGAUAAUAGUAGUGUACCAGCUGAUGAGAGGACUAUUUUCUUGACAUUUUCUAAAGGGUAUCCGAUUUCUGAAGCUGAACUGGGAGAUUUCUUCAUGAGAAAAUAUGGAGAUUGUAUCGAAGCAAUUCAUAUGCAAGAAGUACUGGGAGAGGAUCAGCCACUAUAUGCACGACUUGUCGUUUAUUCACCUACGAUCAUUCACGUUGUUCUCGAGGGCAAGAACAAAGCAAAGUUCUCCAUUAAUGGAAAACAUGUUUGGGCUCGAAAAUAUGUUCGAAAAAACCCUAGAUCGUCAUUGUCGCCACCGCAGCCAGCUUCUCCUACAUCCCCACCACAAAGCAUGAACUGUUAAACAAUAAUUAAUUGAAGUUGUGUGUGUUUGUUUUUUAUUAUUUUGCCCCUUUUUAUUAAUGAAAUAAAUCUAUUGUAUGGGAACGAAAUGCUUUUA